CUUGUAAUAAUAAAAACAAUAACGACAACAACGAGAGGAAUAAUAAUAAUCAAUGGUUGUUGCCAUGUCCUAUGAAGUGUGAAAAUCAUUUUAUGUGUUUAUUCAUCUGAUGAUCCUUUGAGUAAUCCAGGGGGACAUCUUGAACUUUGAUCGUGAACUCAUUUCCACCGCAGGAUUUGCUUACGGAUCCAUUCGGCCGAAUAGCUUCGUCCUGUACGUCCCUCCUCAGUUUGUCUGCGCGUUUAACCCCUCCCACAUUAUGCGGGUCAGGUGAUCCAAUUUGCUUUUGCUAUUGUUCCCCGCGACACUGCAGUUUCCUGCUCGCUCUCUGUUAAGCAGCUGUUUGUGCGACUUUCAGCGUGGCCGCGCAAACUCGGCUAAAGUUUAAAGUCGCUAAUUGAUCGUAAAUGUCGUAAGCCCGGAUAAACGGACCGGGAAGCUGUGCCUUCAGGGGGAGCACAAAGAGCGAGAGAGAGAAAGAGAUGCAUUUACUUUUUCUUCUCUGAUUUCAAAUGGCACCCUUGGGUCAGAGGAGUCAGAGAUGGCCCAGCCUGAUUGAUGUGUCCUAUCUUAGAACGGAGGCCUGUUCACUGAUUUAUAGAUCGGCCAUCUUGAUGUCAGGACGCAGGCCUCUCUGUCACGCCUGUCAGAUAGAUUCCCAUCACUUCGCCCCGCCCUCCUGGCCGUAAUCUCAGUGACAUUGGACCUGGACUUUCAGAACGCAGUAUAGCCAUCGAGCUGCCCUUAGACAUUUUUGUUUGCAUUUUAUAUUGCCAAACGAUAACAUCUUGUAUAUGUACGUGUAAGGGUCGUUGAUUUUUUUGUAGGCCUAUUUUUUGUUGUAUGGAAAUAUCGUUAGUUUUGAUUUAUGACAUUCGUAGUGUCGGUAUGUUAUUUUUUCCAUUUGAAUUCUGUUUUGGUUCUUUAGGUAUGUAAAUAUUCCGUUAUAAAAAUACAGCAAACAUGUCGACUGCCCAAAUAAAUAAAUAUAUAAAUAAAUAAAUUGUCAGAGUCGGGAGCGGGGAGCUUUUUGUGUAUGAAUAUAUAAACCGUUAAUGGGUUUUUUUAACCUUGAAAUUGCGAUUCAACACUUGCCAGAGCGAGCCCGCUUGAAGUCAGUUUGGGGAUUAGAAAGCCUCGCGCGACCUUCGUCUAACCGCGAGGCAUCCUACUCACAGCGGAGUUUAUUGUUCCUCAGAAGUGUUCAGGGGCCAAAUUUCCCACUUUGGAGUAACUUUGGAUUGAACCACGUUCCCUGUGUCAUGUUCCUGUUGUCAGUUGGCCCAUGUCUGCGCGAGUCCUUGUCUCUCCUCCUGAGCUAGGCCUACCGUAGGGCUCUUUUGUGACAGUUAUAAACGAAAGACUUCCAUGUAUAGAGUAUGUCUUCUCAAAUCUCUCAUUGCGCCUUUCGUACUCUCAUUACGCCUUUCGUCAUGGUGGAAACUUACUGAGAAAUUACGUUCUACAACUGUCAGAAUGCGUCAUGUAGCCUACCUGCUGACUGUUGCCAGGCGUUAUUGUAAGUGAUGCAUGUAUUAUAUAUUAACUAGAAUGUACGGUCAUUCGUGUUCUUCUUUCCAAUGAAGCAUGUUAUAUUAGAAGGCAACACAAAGUUCAGCUGUGUAAUGUGAUUUGAUAUUUUUGUCUCGUCUCCGAUUGGACACUUGGGGAGUGGGUCAUUAUCAGAGUUGCUGCUGGAACCGCCACUGCGUGUGCACGUGUAAUUCAAUUUCACAGCAUGCUAAACCCAUUUGUCAGGCAAAACGUCGUGGGCCCUCUACACCGACCUCUAUACACACUGACAAUUGCGUUGUGAGAUUGUGUUUUUAAUAAACAAUUUUUGGAAAAACCGGCUUACGAAAACUGGUUCUACAUCAAGGCCAUGGAUUAUUAAUAUUGACUGGGUCUUAAUCCGUUUUUUAAAAAAAAUCUUUUCAUGUCUGCGCAGGGAUGAUUGCGUAAACGAGGAGCGCAGUCAGAUGCGUGGGUUUAAAAAAUGUAAUUUAUGAAUAAAAUGAAUUUUGCUUUGACCUUGUAGCGUCAUUUCCACGCUGUCGAGUUGUGUUAUAUUAAUAAGUAUUACUGCAUGGAGAAUGGGGAGAUACUACGUGAGCGGUUGUCUCCCUCCCAACCCCGUUUUGCCUUUCUAAAAAUCUAUUUUAGCGCAUGCGUGCCGGACUCGGCAGCAAUCCGCUGGAAGGAACAGAUUGGAUGAGCGCUUACUGCACUUACCGGAGAGGAGAAAAACUAAACCCAUGAACAAAAAAUAGAACCAUAACGCCAUGAAAACGGCUUCCCGUCCACACAGACAUAAAGUGUUGGGAUGGACCGGCGUUCUCUGAGGGACAGCGUGUUUCUGGAGCGGCGACAGGGCAGAAGUGGGAAUCUUCCAAAAUCCAUACUGCACAGCAUCCCGGCAGCGGGAAGGAGCUGCGCGAGGAAAGUGCAGGACCGUGGCAGGGAGACAAACGCAACAUUUUCGAAAUGACGGCGAUUACGAACAGCUGAUCAACUGCUUUAAAUUACAUUUACACAAGGACUGUUUGAAUUGCCUUUUAUAAAACUGUGAAGUGUUCGUCCUUUACAUUUUUCUCAACUCACGAGUUACUGGAAAGUGUCAACCGAUGAAGUGGACGGAUUAUCCAGAGUCAUAUAAAACGCACCACCGGAGUAUGUCGUAUUAAGGUGCACGACGAAACAAUCGUGUUUAUUUAGUAGGUUAUAUUAAUAUUUUUACUUUUGCAGAAUCUUGUAAAAUGUGCCGAUGCAGCACUGUCACCGUGGUCAGGAAACACUGAUAAGCUACAGUGUUAGCCCGAGUAUUGCAGGGACCGCAUUGAACGGAUUUAUCUAAUGAAGGUGCUUUAAAGUUCAUUAUGGAACGUACGAAUGACAGACUGUAUUAUUUAUGAAAGUGAUGAAGGUUCAUGUGACGUAUAUAUGGGUUUCCCGUGGUAGACUGUAAAAAAAGUGUUGAGUACUCAUUUCGCAUUAACGCGUCGGUGCGGCAGCAGUUGGCACGUACACUGUUCAAUCGUGCAUCCUGUGCGGUUCUUGGGAGAGUCUACAAACACCCACACAAACAGCGGCUGCCCCAGUGAGCGUGGGCAGGUUGGCGUGAAGUCGCGCUCUGGCAGAUUGAUGACAGUAUUUGCAAGUUGUGCUCCUGGUAUACCGGCAAAACAGACAUUUACACGUUUGCGAAGGUUACCUGGACACGCGAUGCGGUCUUUAUUUGUGCAGAGGGCAGUGCUGAUUUUAUUCGGGCUGUUUCAAGUUCCCUUUGCGGACUGCGCCGGAGCCUUAAUGUCAGAGUUUAAUUAAGGAGCAACAUUUCAUUUACGUUUUUAAUUAUUCUAAUUUUAGUGAAAUUACUUUAGAGGAUUCUCACCGAGGUUUAUUCAUGGUGCUUCGCAAACGUUUAACUUUCGGCAAGAUACAGAAAUACAAACGCUUCAAUUAAAUGUUUGGGGAAUUUUCAAUGGCAGCUGUUUAUUGCGCUAAAAUCGUGGGUUCAUGGGCGUUAUUAUAGUGUAUUCGCCAUGAAGAAACUUCAGUGUUACCAUAGUAACAUAUGUGUCGGUAUUUUUAAUAUGGUUUCCGUGUGUAAUAAAAACAUUCUAUUGUAAAAUAUCGAAAAACGGAAAAACCAACACAUGCAAGUGUUUCUCUAAUAUACUCCGCUGUGUAUACUUAGUUUGAAAAGUGGGCAAAACACUGUUUGAUUUUUGUGAGAUUUGAAGAAAUUCUCUCAUCCCGUAACUUAUGUCGGUGCUUUUUGAACGGUAUAGUGUCAGAUAUACAUUCGAUAGUCCUUAACGUUAGUUAAUUUAAUUUUGGGACGCCCUGGAAAGAAUAUUUCACUAGGAUUGCAUAAUUCGGCUGUUUUGCGUUAUUGCGACAUAUUAGAUUUAGGUGUUGAAACUUUCCCAGCGCUUUUACCGCGUGUUUGCCUCAGUUUCCGGGGCGCGGUGGAGUGGGAGUCUGUUCCCCGGCCCGGGCGGUUCUUAUCUUUCCCUCCGUUUAGCUUGUAAGAGAGGAAAGGACCGGACGCAGGAGGAAGAUAAACUGGACUUUUUUCUUAUAAAUCUUGUUCAUCCACGUAAUACUCGCAGUAGGAUUUCUAAAGCUCUUAUAACGCGAUACCCGGUAUGGUAUGGUUCCAUAGGAUGGAAAGGGGAUGAAAGGGAAUUGUAUUCCUGAAGCUUUCAUUCCCGAAUGAGUGUUUGCAACCCUGCCUGUCCUAAAAUGAAGAUUGUCUUCUUGCCAGCGUUUCACCACACGGUGGUCAUUUCUGUUCUACCCAGCGCUGUUAUAAUAGGAGAGGCUUUAGCAAGGAAGGACAGCAAUGAAAAUGUUUGUACAACAUUGUAAUCUUCUUUGAUGUAUACCUUAUACUAUUGCAUACUAUUGCUAGCCUCCCAGCAUUAAUGCAGAUCCAGGAACCUGCCAGUGAUGGACAUUAGCCUGAUAUUAGUGCUGCCAACACGGACUGUCUCUGCUCUUCCCUUUUUUGGACUUCUGCUCUCAGUGUGACGUGUUAAAGGACCUUUUUUUUCUUAAAAUCCUCCGUUGGGAAUGCGGUCUCUGUGGACUCUGAAGAACCCGGGCCUCUGUUUGGCCUGGAGGUCCUGAGCCGGAUAGCGCCCCUCCCCCCCUUCCCCCGACGAGGGCCAAUGGGGAGCUCGGCCUCUUCCCUCAGCGCGGAGGCCGAGUCGGACCAUGGGUUCCGCAGCGCCUCCUACCCGUCGUCGCCCCCUAUGGGCUGGCUGCGGAACAGCCACAGCAGCCCGGUGUGGGGCUCGUCCUUCGUCUCCAGGCAACAGCCGCGCCCGCACAGACCGCGCAGUCACUCCUCGGGCUCCAUGGCCGCGGCGGCGCUGCGGGGCGGGGAGUGGUCGUGCGGCCGCUGCACCUUCCUGAACGCGGCGAGGGUGCCGCGCUGCUCCAUGUGCGAGGCCCCGCGGCAGAAGCCCGACCUGAACCACAUCCUGCGCCUGAGCGGCGCGGAGGAGCAGGGCUGGGCCUGCCCCCGCUGCACCCUCAGCAACCCGCAGGGCUCCGGGGCCUGCUCCGCCUGCGGCUUCAGCCCCGCCCCCAACGGCCCGCUCCCGCCCAGCGCCUCCGCGCCCGCGCCCGGCCCCGCCCCCGCCGCCCUCGGCCCCGCCCCCGCCCCGCCCCCUGUACCCACGGCCCCGCCUCCGGAGCCCUGCAGGCAGCAGCCCAGGGAGGAGCCGCCGCCGCCACCGCCGCCGGCGCGCAAGGCGGACAGCAACGGGGAGACGGCCCCCCCUGAGCAGCAGCAGCAGCGGCCCGGCUGGGCCUGCCCCCGCUGCACCCUCCACAACACGUCCGUGGCCCUCUCCUGCUCCGCCUGCGGGGGGCCCCGCAAGCUCUCCCUGCCCAAAAUCCCCCCGGAGGCGCUGGUGGUGCCCGAGGUCCACACGCCGACCGCCGCCUUCCCCGUCCCGGGGCCCGUCCCGUUCCUGAUCGACCUGACCGAGGACUCGCCUCCCCCCCCCGCCCCCCCGGAGCCCCAGGAGCCCCCGCACUGCGGCCCCCUCCCCUCCCUGCAGAACAACCCCGUGCCUCGCAGCCGCCGCGAAGUCCCGCCCACCGGCAGGCCUUCCAACCCCCCCCCCCGCCCCGCCCCCGCCCCCGCCCCCGGCUCGGCCCCGCCGCCGCCCCCCCGGCCCAAGCCCCGGCACGCCCAGCCCCAGCCGCAGGAGCCCCCUUACCCCGGCAAGCGGCUGAGCACGCUGGAGGAGGAGCCGCUCCCCCCCCCGGCCCCGGCCCCGGCCCCGACCCCGACCCCCUGCUGGAAGUGCCCCGCCUGCUCCCAGCCCGGCCCGUCCGGCUCCGCCCCCUGCCCGUCCUGCCGCCCCUCCUCGUCCCGCGGCGACCUCAUCGACCUGGCGGGGGAGUCGGUGCGCUUCACGCCGGCCGGCCCGUCCAGCCCGGACUUCAGCGCCUGGUCCUGCUCGCAGUGCACCCUCCGGAACCCCACCGCCGCGGCCGAGUGCAGCGCCUGCGGCUCGUCCAAGCUCCGCGGCUUCCAGGAGCAGCCGUCCUGCUGCCCCCGCUGCGGGGGCCCCGCGUCGGGCGGGCCCUGCUCCUGCGCGGGGGGGGGCGCCGGCAGGGGCCCGCCGCCCCGGAAGCAGCUGGCCUGGGUCUUCCCCUCGCCGCCGCCCCCCGCGGAGGAGAAGGGGACCCACUGGCCCUGCCCGGCCUGCACGCUGCUGAACGACCUGCAGGCGGCGCACUGCGCGGCCUGCCACACCCCGCAGAGGUACCUCACCCUGCGCAGGGGCGCCAAGCCGCUGAAGAGGCGUGAGAGCAUGCACGUGGAGGCCCGUCGCCGUAAUGACGAGGGCGAGGCUACCGAGCUCUGGGAGAACAUCGCCGGCUUCUGCCGAGAGAACAGAGUGAACUUCGUGGAUGACAGCUUCCCCCCCGGACCCCAGUCGGUGGGCUUCCCCGAGGGGGACAGCGUCCAGCAGCGUGUCAAGAAGUGGCUCCGCCCCCAGGAGAUCAACUGCAACAACUUCAAGGACCGCGUGGUCAAGUGGUCCGUGUUCCGCACCCCCCGACCAUCGGACAUCCUGCAAGGCCUUCUGGGAAACUGCUGGUUCCUGAGCGCGCUGGCGGUCCUGGCGGAGCGGCCCGAGCUGGUGGAGCGGGUGAUGAUCACGCGGUCCAUCUGCCAGGAGGGGGCGUACCAGGUGCGGCUCUGCAAGGACGGCACCUGGACCACCGUGCUGGUGGACGACAUGCUGCCCUGCGACGAGUACGGCUACCUGCUCUUCUCCCAGGCCCAGAGGAAGCAGCUGUGGGUGGCCCUGAUCGAGAAGGCCCUGGCCAAGCUGCACGGCUCCUACUUCGCCCUGCAGGCGGGCCGCGCCAUCGAGGGGCUGGCCACGCUCACCGGCGCCCCCUGCGAGUCGCUCAUGCUGCAGGUCAGCUCCACCAACCCCCGCGAGGAGCCCAUCGACACCGACCUCAUCUGGGCCAAGAUGCUCAGCUCCAAGGAGGCCGGAUUCUUAAUGGGAGCCUCGUGUGGAGGUGGGAACAUGAAGGUGGAUGACACGGUGUACGAGUCGCUGGGACUCCGCCCCCGCCACGCCUACUCCAUCCUGGACGUGCGCGACGUGCUGGGCUUCAGGCUGCUGAGGUUGCGUAACCCCUGGGGACGCUUCUCGUGGAACGGCAGCUGGUCGGACGAGUGGGCGGACUGGCCCCCGCACCUGCGCGGCGAGCUGAUGGCGCACGGCAGCGGGGAGGGCGUGUUCUGGAUGGAGUACGGCGACUUCAUCAGGUACUUUGACUCGGUGGACAUCUGUAAGAUCCACUCGGACUGGCAGGAGGUGCGCCUGCAGGGCUGCUUCCCCAGCCGGGCCAGCGGGCCGGUCACCGUGACGGCGCUGACGGUGCUGGAGAGGACGGCGCUGGAGUUCGCCCUCUUCCAGGAGGGCAGCCGGCGCUCGGACACGGUGGACAGCCACCUGCUGGACCUGUGCAUCAUGGUGUUCCGCGCGUCCUUCGGCAGCGGCAACAAGCUGACGCUGGGCCGGCUGCUCUCCCACAGCAAGCGCGCGGUCAAGAAGUUUGUGGGCUGCGACGUGAUGCUGGAGCCGGGGGAGUACGCCGUGGUCUGCUGCGCCUUCAACCACUGGUACUUCGAGCCACACACGCCUGUUUCCAGUCCCACCAGCAGUGGGCGCCUCAACCAGGACUUCCCAGGGUACAUCUUGGCCAUCUACAGCUCUCGGCAGGUGAUGGUGGAGCAGGUGGAGGCCAUGGCGACCACCGUCGCCGAUGCCAUUAUUCUGCUGACCGAGGACAAAGGAGAAAGACAUGAGGGCAGAGAGGGGAUGACGUGCUACUACCUGACGCACGGCUGGGCGGGGCUCAUCGUGGUGGUGGAGAACCGCCACCCCAAGUACUACCUGCACGUGUCCUGCGACUGCACCGACAGCUUCAACGUGGUGUCCACCCGCGGCAGCCUGAAGACCAUCGACAGCGUCCCGCCCCUGCACAGGCAGGUGCUGGUGGUGCUGUCCCAGCUGGAGGGGAACGCGGGGUUCUCCAUCACGCACCGGCUGGCGCACCGCAAGGCGGCGCAGGCCUCCCUGGGCGACUGGACGCCCACCAAGGCCACCCACAGCCCCCAGCUCACCCCCGACAUCGACGGGCUCCAUCGGCCCCGCCCCCUAUGACCCCGGCCCCCA